AUUCAAAACUAGCUCAUGAUCAAGCUGGAACCGACAACAUUGUCGUGGGAUGGACAGUAACAUGCAUUAUGCAAACUAUGAUCUUUCCUUCUGAUUCUCUGUACUUGCAGAUCAAUCCAGGUCUCUAUGGUGACACUGCAACUCGGCAUUUCAUAUACACAAGUACCAAGGACUCGCAUUGUUACAACACGUUCUGUCCCGGAUUCGUAAUCAUGUCCCCCGACGUUCCUCUUGAUGCUGUUCUUCAAGCUUCUGAAAGAGGAAAUAACAUAAGGGCCCAGAAAAUUUUCGUCCGCAAGGAUGCUGCAAGUGGGGAUUGGUUUCUUCAAAUAGGACUGGACAACACAACUGGGGAGGAGAAGCAUACUCUGCCUCUUCCGACUCCGAGGAUCUUCCACCGAUGGGUUCUGGGUUCUCGCCUAGUUCCAAGUUCGAUGGUUAUGGCAGGCAAGUUUGUAGAUGAGAACCAGCAAGUCGAUUACAACUCACCAGAGUGUGUGAUGAAGGCAAUGUGGGAAGAGAGAUCCAGCGUCCUAUUGUGUUUGGUGGAAGCUCUGGUCCAGCUUGAUCAUGAGUUAGUUCUAUCUGGUUUGGUUUGCUAGUUUUAUACUGGAAAUACUUCAAAUAAAAUCGAGCUUGAUUCGAGAUGCAAUUUAAGGGUUAAUAGCAUUUUGUGGAG